GGGCGGAAGCGAAGGAGGCGGCACGCCGCACGCGGGGGCGCCACCGCCGCCGCCAUGCCGGGAGACCACCGCCGCAUCCGCGGGCCCGAGGAGUCGCAGCCGCCGCAGCUGUACGCGCUGCAGGACGACGACCACGACGACGAGCCGCCCGCCGCCCGCGACCCGACGCGGCUGCGCCCGGUGUACGCGCGCGCCGGGCUGCUGAGCCAGGCCAAGGGCUCGGCCUACGUGGAGGCGGGCGGCACCAAGGUGCUGUGCGCCGUGUCGGGCCCGCGGCAGGCGGAGGGCGGCGAGCGCGGAGGCCCGGCCGGGGCGGGCGGCCGCCUGCUGUGCGACUUCCGCCGCGCGCCCUUCUCCGGCCGCCGGCGCCGCCCCCCGCAGGGCAGCGGCGAGGAGCGCGAGCUGGCGCUGGCGCUGCAGGAGGCGCUGGAGCCCGCCGUGCGCCUGAACCGCUACCCGCGCGCGCAGCUCGAGGUGUCGGCCCUGCUGCUCGAGGACGGCGGCUCGGCGCUGGCCGCCGCGCUCACGGCCGCCGCGCUCGCCCUGGCCGACGCGGGCGUGGAGAUGUACGACCUGGUGGUGGGCUGCGGCCUGAGCCGCGCGCCGGAGCCCGCCUCGCCCUGGCUGCUCGACCCCACGCGGCCCGAGGAGGAGCGCGCCGCCGCCGGCCUCACCGUGGCGCUCAUGCCGGUGCUCAACCAAGUGGCCGGCCUGCUGGGCAGCGGCGACGGCGGCCCGACCGAGAGCUGGGCCGAGGCCGUGCGCCUGGGCCUGGAGGGCUGCCAGCGGCUCUACCCGGUGUUGCAGCAGUGCCUGGUACGCGCCGCCCGUCGGAGGGGUGCUGCCCCGCCGCCCUGAGCGCCGCCCAUGCGGAUCGCCUCCGGACUGACUGCAUGCACCCCACCCGGGAGAGAGGGGAUCUUUUUCUUCACCGCCAAUUCUUGCACUGGACUGAGCUGCCGGGUGGCGGGCAGGUUAUUUUCUGCAAAACUGUUCCAUGAAAG